AUGAGUGAAUUUGCCGUACCAGAAGCACCUGUAAAAGCAGCACCACCAGCACCACCUCCAUUACCAUACGAAAAGCCUUCAUGGAGUGGACCCUGUGUAUAUAACUACCGUCUCGAAGUUUUAAAAAACGGCACGAGUAUCGAAUCCAUCAAGGGUCCCGCCAACAAGGAAUUCGUCACAUUGGGAAGACUACCCUUGUGUGAUAUUCUCAUGGAACACCCUUCUAUCUCUCGCUACCAUGCCAUCAUCCAAUUCGAUCAAGACGGCGAUGCCUAUCUGUACGAUCUUGACAGCGCCCAUGGCACGCGACUCAACAAGAAUGCGGUUCCCGCCAGAGAAUACGUUCAAUUAAAACCUGGCGAUCAAAUUCGUUUUGGAGAAAGCACACGUCUCUGCAUCUUUGAUUCUGAAAAACCUUACGAUCCGGAAGAGGAGGCUUUAGAAAGGAGGAAAAUUGCAUUGAAGCAACGGAUAGCCAAACAACGCGGCGAGAGUGUGCCUACACAAGAGGAUAAUGAAGGUAUCUCGUGGGGUUUUACAGAGGAUGCGGAAGAGAUGCCUGAAGAGGAAGAAGGAGAUGAAAAGGAAGCGGAUGCUACAGAAAUUGAAGCCAAUUUGGAUAAAUCCGGUGAUGCUAGUCUACUAAAUGUGGAGGCCGAAAAGAUGGCCUUUGAAGACGCUAUGGCUAAAGAGAAAAAGGUCAUGCUCGAUAUCAAGUUAUUAGAGGAAAAGAUUGAAGAAAAGAAGCGAAUGGGAACAGAGAAAAAGGAAGAAGAUGAUGAGGAUUUGGAUGCCUUUAUGAGCAAAUUAGCCAAAAAGCCAUUGCAAGGGGAUAAAUCCCUUUUUGUGCUCCAGCGUGAAUUGACACAAUUAAAAAAGGUAAUCAACACAGGAAAAAAGAUCUAA